AGAGGCAUGCACGUUUUUUCCACCCCGUGUUCGGAGCAUGUUGUUGUGAGAUGUCCGUCGACAUGGUGGAGCUCCAGGUGAAAGCGGCCGACCCGGUCCGGACGGCCGGUGCCCUCCAGCAGAACCGAAUCUUCCUCGACUUCUUCUGGGACUUGGCCAAGCCCGACCAGGAAAUUCGGCUGAGCGCUGUGGAAAACCUCCUUAAAUACCUCAAAGACAACAACAAGGAAGAUGAGUUAGAGUACACAGUCAAGAGGCUUGUGGACGGUCUAGCUCACACGCGGGAGGCGGCGAGGCCCGGGUUCAGCCUUGCUCUGGGUCAGCUCCUGAGCGCUUUUGAAGACCUCACUCUGCAGAACAUCCUUGACAGAAUCAAGGAAAAGCACGAUUUACAAAAAGCCAAAAAGAAAUUUGUCAGAAAUGCUGCGUUUGGGAGCCUGUUUGGAGUCCUCGCUCUUCACCAGUCAGGCCGCCUCUUCAAUGAGCCGCCGGUGGUGCUGGGUUGUGUGCAGAUUCUACAAAGGCUCACCCAGCAGCGACAGCACCUGAAGGACCUGCCCAGCAAGACCAUGAUGGACAUCCUCACCGAGGUUCCUGAGCAGGUGUUUGAGGAGGUCCUGCUGAGCGCCCUGCAGUCGGACCUGGCGUUGGCCUUCCAGACUCCGGAGCAGCUGCAACUGCUGCUGGUGGCGCUGGAGCGCUUUCCGCAGACCCUCCAACCCAAGAAACUCAAAAAGCUGCUGGGCUCCUCCAACAUCAUCAACAAUGACAACAUUGAAAAGCUAACAAACAUACUCAAGAUGGCCGCCCGUUCAGAGAAGAAGGCGUGCGUGCUCCCGGCGGUGGCCCUGGACCUCCUCAAGCUCUCACUGAGGGAGGACAGCUUCCAGCUCUUCUGGAAUAAAGCCAUUGUGGAGGGAAUGCUUAAGGAGCAUUGGGGUCCCACGCACUUCGUGAGUUUCCGACUGUUGGGCAGCGCUUUGCCGCUUCUGUCCUUGUCCCAGCUCAAAGAGGUUCUGUCCGGGGAUGUGAUGAUGCAAUACGGCGAGCAUGUGGUGUCUGCUCAGAAACAAGAACGCUUCAAGCUGGCGCCCGAGAUGGACGCCUACGUGUCGAAAUUCCUGGAGGGCUGCCGGGAUGCCGAAAAGCAGCUGGCGGUCAUGGUGGGCUUCUCCUCGCUCGUCCAUCAAGGCUACCCGGUGGUGCCGUCCGUGUGGCGCGUGGUCCAGCACCUGCAGCCGGCGGCGCUGCAGAAUUACGUGGCGUGGCUAAAGACCACCUUCCUGCAGCCUCGCGUGGACGAGCUGCUCAACUUCACCUCGCGGAGGCAGAAGGAGCGCCAGGACAACUCGGAACAGUGACCCAUAUUCCGCCUGAGGAAGUGGAUCGUGGCCAGGUUGGCCUCCAUCGUGGACAACCACCAGGUCAAGAAGGACGAGGAGUUCAUUAUGGAGAUUGCCAGAUUCAUCUUUUUCCACGCCUUCUUCAACACCAAGAAAACCUUCGCCGACAUUCCCGAAACUCAAGAUAAGCUCGACGUCCCGCUGGAUGAGAAAACCAGAGCAGUGCUGGUCACUUCCUUCUUUGGGCUCCUCCUAUCCAUGCAUAACUUGCCCCUGGCUGCUGACGCGUCCAAAGGUGGAGCUGUGACCCACAAGCGCGCGCUAGGCGUCACGUCUGAUGGCUCCUUGUGGAUCUACCGUGUGGUCCGGUACGCCCAAGAACUGCUCCACAAGCCCACAUUCGUCCGUGGCGUCCGUCCCUUCAGUGAGGAGCAGAGGCAGGCCUGGGACAGCAUGCUGGAGUCGGUGGCGAGCCUGAAAAAGAAAGCCAAGACAGGUCACUCGGCGGAGAGCAGCUCAUUCCAGCAGCUCUUCCUCUUGUUGGGCAUGCACCUCUUCAAGGCGCCAGAUGAGCUGCUGGAGGUCAUGAAGGACCUGCAGAGUUGCGUGGACAAAGCCCAGAAGAAGAAAGCCAAGAAACAGAAGAAAGCCAGCAAACAGCAGGAGGAGGCGGAGCCCGAGUGGGUGGAGGUGUUGGUGGACAUCUUGUUGUCGCUCCUGUCCCAGCCCAGCCGACACAUCAGGCAGGUGUGCAAGACCGUCUUCGCCUCCAUCUGCCCCCAUGUCAACGCCGCUGCCCUCACCUCCAUCUUGGAUGUCCUGGAUCCGGAUAAAGAUGGCGAGGAGGACGGCCCUGUGCUCGUCGUGGACGAUGCCGAGAAAGCCAAGAAGAAGAAACCAGAGAUUGAUGAGGAGAUGGAGGACGAGUCGGAUGAGUCUUGCAAUGAGUCUGAGGAGGGUGAGAAUGAAGAAGCCAUGGAGGAGGAGGUGGACCAAAACUUCAGACUGGAUCUGAUGAAGGUGCUGCAGCAGAAGAACACGCUGGACAAAACGGAGGAGGGCAGCGACGAUGACUUGGAUGACGACGCCAUGAUGGAGCUGGACAAGAACCUGUCGGCGCUGUUCUCGGAGCAGAAAAAGAAGAUCCAGGCCAAGAAGGACGCCAAGGCCAAAAUGCGGAAAGAGAAGACCCUGGUGCGCGAUUUCAAGAUCAAGGUGCUGGACCUGGUGGAGGUGUUCGUAGCCCGGCAGGCUGGGAGUCCUCUGGUCCUGGGCCUUCUGGAGCCUCUGCUAUACAUGAUCGAGGGAGGGAUGAACUCAGGCAAGGAGCAGCAGGAGCAGGACUUCCUACGCAGGGCGGCGGACAUUUUCAAGAACCAGUUGUGCCGGUCCAAGGUGUACUGCAAGACCGCAGAAGACAGACAGGAGGAGCUUCACAACCUUCUCAACAAGCUCAUGGCGAAAACGCAGAAGUUGUCCGAGUCCUCGGUCGGCCUCUACUACUUCAGUGCUGCUCUGUAUGUGGUCAAAGUGUUGCGAGGAGCGCCCACCGCUGAGAAUAAAGAGGAGGAUGGAGCGUCCAGAACUGCAGCAGACUUGCAGUUCAUGGGCAACGUGGACGUGGAGCGGGUGGCCGGCUUCUUUCGGGAGGCGCUGCGCUCCUUCAUGAGUCGCAGGAAGAGCCCCCUGACCACCCAGAUGUUCACCGACCUGUUCAACAGAUUUCCUGUUUUGUGCGUUAACCUGUUGGACGCGACCGUGCAGCACAUCACAUCGGGCGUCAGAGAUCACCAACAGGGCCAGGCGUGUGUGUUGGUACUGCGCGCCAUGCAAAACAGGGAGGUGCAGCAGCUGAUGAGCGGCGCGCCGUGGUUGGAGUUCUGCACCAAGGUGGUUGAUCAGCUGGCCGCGGCUCUCAAGCUGCAGGGUCAAACGGAAAGCAAGGCUCUGCGGGAGAAGGUGCUAAAGGCUCUGGAGUUGUGUCACUCCUUGCUCAAACACAUCCACCAGCAGAAGCUGUCCGUGGACCGGGAGGCCCUCGAGAGCGCCCUGCGGCCCAUGACUGAAGUCCUGGCUUUCAAGAAGACGGGCAAGCUGGAGGACACCUACUGGAGCGUCAUGAAACAUUUUGGAGUCAUGAGACCCAAAAUGGAGAAGAUAAAGCCCGACAAAGACGCCGGCCAGCUGUUGCCGACGCAGCAGCAGCCUGCCAAGAAGCAGAAGGGCUUCCUGCCAGAAAGCAAAAAGAGGAAAAAACGCCCGCAGCCCGUCUUGGAGCCCGCUGCGGCCGCCGCCAACUCGGCCCCGACGACGGACAAAGCGGGGGUAGAGAAAGGACGAGGCAAGAAGAAUAACAAGAAAAAGACAAAGCGGGCGGCGGAUGACGCGCCGGCGUCGCAGGCCAGCCCUGCCAAGAAGAACAAGAUGCAAGAUGACAGCAAGUUGAUUACAAAAAAGAAGAAAAACAAACAGAAGAAAGCUAGAGGAGGGCAGUUACAAAGCCAGACUCUUUAAUAAAGCUGAUUUCUUUUUUCUUUUCUUUUUUUUUUUGGGUCCAUCAUCCAUUAUCUUGACUGCUUUGCGUUUUGAAAAUGUGUCGCAAAAGAGUGUAAGGAUGAGAGUGCUUAUUUUUCUAAUGCGUCAUUGCUAUUAUUAGAAAGAAAGAAAAGGAAAAAAAUAUAUAUACCACAAUAAAUCCUUUUCUCCUGCUGGAGAUUCAUCACCA